AUGACCACCCGCUCUUUGAGGAAUGAGACUCCCAGUGUUGGUGCUCCGGCUGUCCAAAAGAAACCCAUCGGAGGUUUCCGAGGCGGGAUCGUCGGGUUCCUCUUUGGCUUUUCUCUGGCUUCAUCUUUUGCUGCUUAUCAACUACUAGAUGAAUACAAGCAGGCUUCUGCUGCAUUGCAAGCAAGCGUCGAGGAACUCAAACUCAGCACUGAACAGGUAACCACUCAGGUCCGACGUAUACAAGCUGUGGAGAAGGACUUGAAGGCGUUAUCCGAUGCUUCUGCAUCCAAGGAGGACAUAUCACGCGUUCGGGCAGAAAUGAAGAAGCUUUACGAUGGGCUGAACGUCGAAUUCCUUGACCUUAAAGCACAUGUUUGGGGUAUUCAACAAGAUGUACAUGCUUUGACCAAGAAGAAUGCUACAUCUGUCCGCAUAUAA